AUGGCCCAAUCUACCGCCGUUUCGAACACAAACAACCUGGACCGCUACCUCAAGCUGGACCAGAAGGGUUCUGUGAUUGCAGAGUAUGUCUGGAUUGACGCCUCGAACGGAGUCCGCAGCAAGUGCAAGACCCUCAAGAAAAAGCCCAGCUCGGUGAAGGAACUCUCGGAAUGGAACUUCGACGGCUCGUCCACCGGCCAGGCUCCCGGCGACAACUCCGAUGUCUUCCUGCGCCCCGUUGCGAUGUACCCAGACCCCUUCCGCCUUGGCGACAACAUCAUGGUCAUGUGCGAGUGCUGGAUGUCUGACGGCAAGCCGAACGCCUACAACUACCGCCACGAUGCUUCUGUGCUGAUGGAUAAGAAUGCCAAGCAUGAGUUCUGGUUCGGUCUGGAGCAGGAGUACACCUUCCUCGACGAGAAUGGAUGGCCGUAUGGCUGGCCCAAGAACGGGUUCCCUGCUCCUCAGGGCCCUUACUACUGCGGGAACGGACUCGGCAAGGUGGUCUGCAGAGACAUUGUCGAGGCGCACUACAAGGCGUGUCUGUACGCUGGCAUUGAGAUCUCCGGCACCAACGCUGAGGUCAUGCCGGCUCAGUGGGAGUACCAGGUCGGCCCGUGCACUGGCAUUGACUUGGGCGACCAGCUCUGGAUGUCUCGCUUCCUCCUCCAGCGCGUGGCAGAGGAGUUCGGCGCCAAGGUGACGCUCAACCCUAAGCCCAUCCCCGGCGACUGGAACGGCGCUGGCCUCCACACCAACGUCAGCACAAAGGAGAUGCGUGAGGAUGGCGGCAUGAAGCACAUCGAGAAGGCCAUGGAAUCCCUUGGCAAGCGCCACAAGGAGCACAUGAAGGUGUACGGCGAGGGCAACGAGGCUCGCAUGACGGGCGCUCACGAGACCGCUUCGUACGACAAGUUCACCUGGGGCAUUGCGAACCGUGGAUCCAGCGUGCGUGUCAACCGUGCGUGCGCGGACGAGGGCAAGGGAUACUUCGAGGACCGUCGCCCGGCCUCCAACGCCGACCCGUACCAGAUCACCGGCAUGAUCGUCGAGACCAUCUGCGGCAAGGUGGAGGGCGCGGACAUGUUCCAGACCGCCACGAAGGUCGCGACGGAUCAGCAAGAGAUGGUUGUCGAGGUUGCGAAGCCAUAA